AUGUCUGCAUUCACAGCUUUGAACGGCGGCUCUCCCAAGGCAAAUGAAGUGCCUGUCGAGAGCUCAGAAAGAACAUUUUCUGGGGAUGAACGAGCUCAAGCACCAGGAAAAUCUUACGGCCGUAGGUCGCCAGAGGCCAAUGCCAGUCGCAAUGACACUUGGCAGGGAAAAACUACCGAUCGUCAACCCUAUCCAACCGUACACUAUCCAGAGGGCGAAGGACCGAACAAGCGCAAGCGAUCCAAUUCUGCCGAGCUAAGACGUGACAGCACAGCCCAGGAGCGCACUCCGGAUGGGACGCCCGGAGGACACCGCAAUGAUGCCCGCGAGGCGUAUGGUACGCCGCAACGAGAAAGCAGGCACUAUGGUGACGACCAGAGAGAGAAGGAAUCCUCAUGGAGGAGUCAACAAAAAUCACGGGAAGAAAGAAAUGGAUAUGAUUCACAACAGAAUUCAGCUACAUCCCCAAGAGGACAAACCGAGGAACAGAUUGGCGACGCUCUCAGAAGGGCCACUGGCCAUAUGGACCACAGUGACUAUGGAAACAACAGCCCUGAUGCCGAAGAUCGAUCCGGGGUUGCCUAUGGCAGCCCCUAUGGAACUGAACACAGAUCCGAUUCCAUUAUUCAACAUGACCCUAAAAAGCGAAAGAGAAAUUUCAGCAACCGGACCAAGACAGGCUGUUUGACAUGUCGCAAACGAAAGAAAAAAUGCGACGAGCAAAAGCCUGAAUGCAUCAAUUGUAUUCGUGGAGGAUUUCUUUGUGCCGGAUACCCACCGCAGCGGGGAGCCGGAUGGUCAAAGCAGGAUGCAAAAGCACCAGCGGUACCCCUCGAAUCAAAGGAUCCUUCGUAUGUUCCUCCUGGAGCAUACGGCAUGCCACAGCAUAGCACAUACGGACCGCAACCAGUGAAAAGGGAACCGCUACCCCAUUAUCGCGGCCAGAUCCUUCGCAUAGACCCCCCACAAGGCCGGCCUCUGGUCGUCACGGAUGAUGACCGACCAACAGCAUCAACAAUAUCAACAAUGACAAGCGCGUCUGCUACAAGUCCAGAGAAUAAAUUAUCCGCCAUUCCUUACACUCCUGGCAAUGUUUUCCCUACUCCAGUCAGCGCCAAUACUCAACCUCCCCCAUUUGGAGAAAGGAUGUCGAAAGAUUACCAAAGAGUGCCUCCUCUGCAUGACCUCAGCAGAGGAAAUGAGCCCGAGACACCACACCCCGGGAAUCACCUACCCCAAAUCAAUAUUUUGCAUCCAACCCGUACGAGCAGUCCAACACCGCAUACCCAGACAUCAUCGUCAAAUGCUCAAGUUGCAGCGCAGUUGGCCUUGUCUCACUCCCAAUAUCCCCAGAGGAGAACGCAGAAGGAGGAAAUGCUAUCUGGCCGCAACUUUUAUCCUUUUGAUAAAGAGCUGUGCUUAGAACGGGAACGCUGUGCUGCUGCAUGUUGGCGAUUCAACAACUUGACUACACCACCUACGAACGGAGUGUCUCCUGACGAACGUGCCCGCUUGUUUUUGGAAAUCCUGCAGCCCCGAGACCCUGUGCGAGUUUCCCCUACGGAGGCAUCUCCUGUCACCAACGUGGGCCGUGUCGGCCGGCAUGUCGCCGUUGAGACGCCAUUCACCUGUGACUAUGGCUACAAUAUCUCUAUUGGUCACCAUGUGGUCAUUGGGCGAAAUUGUACCAUUAACGAUGUUUGUGAGGUGAAGAUCGGGGACAAUUGUGUGAUUGGACCCAACGUCAGUGUUUUUACCACGUCGCUACCCAUUGACCCUAAGAAACGUCAAGGCGGCCAGGGCCCUCAAUUUGGACGAGGCAUUACAAUUGAGCAAGACUGCUGGAUAGGAGGCGGUGCCAUCAUUUUACCCGGCCGAACCAUUGGCAAGGGCAGUACCGUGGGAGCCGGAUCUAUCGUUACCAAGGAUGUGCCACCGUUCACUGUUGUUGCUGGCAACCCGGCUCGUGUUCUACGAGGAAUCGGCAUAGCGCCAUAG